GACUCCCAAACACCACAAAUGCCUUGAGACUGAAGAAGGGGAAAACAGUGGAAAGCUGCAGCACCAAUGCCCCCCAGGGGUUUGUACCAGGGCCUUAACCAACGGGGUUUUCAUUUGGGUAAAAAAACUACAACAAAGCGGGUUGUGCAGAGUGUGACACUGCCUUGGUGAAGUGUCAGUGGCUUCUCAUUGGCCCAAAGGGUUUGCUUAUUGCUGACCUGCUGCUUCCUUUCAGCGCAUUCAGUCUCUCUCCCUUCUCAGUAGCUUCCUGAGAGGGGCUCUCCAAGCAGGGGAAAUGAAGUCAAUGCUGUCGGCUGUCUUGGUGCUGACCUUGUUUGAUCUAAGAGCAGCAGAUGACAGAAAGCAUUCUCCCUGCAGCAACCCCCUCGGGGACUCGGGCCCAGUCUCGGAGACGGCCUUCUCUGCUACGGCCCCCCGCUUCAGCGCUGAGGAAGCCUAUUCUGCCCAUAUGCCUGAGCACCUUCACUGUGAUGCCUGCAGAGCGAUAGCCUUCCAGAUGCAGAAAUACCUGACAAAAGCAGAAUCCAAACGGUCGUCUGUUAAAGCGCCGGCCGUUCGCCUCAGCGAGUCCGAAUAUGUGGACACACUGGAGAACAGCUGCUCACAGAGCUGGGAAAACUAUGGAGUGAAAGAAGUGGGGGGAGUCAAACGCUUCGCAGGGCCUGGCCUGAAGAGCCAGGAGACCAUAAGUGUCAUGAUGACGGGUGGACCAUGGCCAGCAAGGUUAUAUAAGCUGUGCCACAGCUACCUGGGUGAAUUUGGGGAAGAGCAGAUCUACGAGGAGUACCGACGCAGGCCAGCUGCCUUGGCAGAGUUCCUGUGCUCUGAAGAGCAGAGAACCUGUACAAGACUUAGCAACAAAAAGGGCAAAAGCCUAAACAAAGCGAAGGCUCUGCAGAGUGAGCUGUAGUCCUGCUCCCGCUCAGCCAAGAUUGGCAAGUAGGGCUAAGCUGACGAGUGUGUUCCAUCAGCCUGGCCUCUGCCAAGGCAGAUUGGCCAUCAAAGGAGACCAAUGUGAUGUUUCUGGGCUUCCCCC